AUGGCCCAAAAUGCCUAUUCUUCCGAAAUCAACAACAGCAGCAUAGUCGGUCGAGACGAGAAGGGCAUUCACUACCGAGAUGAUACAGACACAAUAUCUGGUUCAGACAAACGCAAACGAAACAAAGCUGAAGAAAACGAAGAGGAAAAGCUACCAUUCUACCCUGCAUUCUGCUUCCCCGCAUCCCCGACACAUUUCACAUGGGUCAAGAUGAGUAUUGCAGAUAUCCAUCGAUUGCAAUCACGGCGAGGGUUUGAGGGUCAGAAUAUAUACUUCCACAAAAACCAUCCUAUCCAAUUCGUCUGUCUGGCCGGCUACAUCCUCUCUCGCGACGAGUAUGAUCGCCGCACCGUGCUCACGGUAGACGAUAGCAGCGGCUCUGUCAUUGAAGUUACUUGUCUCAAGGCACCGAUUAAAGAUGCCACCGAUACUACCAUCCCUACCCCAACCGCGUUAACGAAUGCCAUGGAAGUAGAAAUGACAAACGUAACAUCCACAACCCGCACCCCCAUCGACAUAACAACCCUCCACAUCGGCACCUGCGUCAAACUCAAGGGCACUCUAUCCUCCCAAAAAUUUCGCUCCACGCCGCCUAUCAUGCAAGUAAUCCUCGAGCGCUUCUGGCAUCUACCCGAUACAAACUCCGAGGUUAGAUUUUGGAACGAGCGGUCCCGGUGUCUGAUUGACGUUCUCUCCCAACCAUGGAGAUUGUCCGCGCAUGAAGUCGAGGAGUUGCGGAAACAAGCGCAGUUGCAGGAAAGGAAGGUGAUACGAGAUCGUCAGCGGAAACAAGAGAGACAGAAGCGUGUGCAAGAGAGAGAGGAGAAGCAUCAGAGACGGAUUUGGCGGAGGUGGGAGGCGGAGGAGAAGGUGAGAAAGGCGGAGGACGAGCGUGUGAGGUUGGAUAAUAAACGGUUGGAGAAAUGGUUAGCUUUGAAAAGGGAAGAGAAGCCGAAGAAAUGA